AUGGCUGAGAAAGAGGCCAACAAGAGCGUCGAAUCACUGACGGUCAAGCUGUUUCACUUGUUUCUGCUCACUGCAUCAUAUGAAUUCGUACUGGAACUAUUUCUUUCGACGGGUUCAUCGUGCCACAUCCUAUUAACUACCAACAUCAUGUCUUUUGCUGCUCGCAACGUCCUGCGGUUGUCCCGCGCCGCCGCCGCCACCCCCGUCUCGCGCCUCCCCGCCGUCCGCGCCUUCACCGCCACCGCCGCCCAGCGCGUCUCCGACACCACCAAGAAGAACAACGUCGUCCGCGAAAAGGAGGUGCCCGCCACCAUCUACGACGGGCCCGGCUCUGGUGACAAGCUCACCGUCCAGGUCCCCGAUGGCGCCAGCAAGGUGCCUCUGGAGAGCCCUGCACCCGCCGCCGAGAACGAGGCCAUUGAGCCCCUGACAAAGAAGGUCUUCGAGACCCUACCGCGCACCGUCCGAAACAUGACCGUUUUCGGCAAGACCAUCAUCAUCACUGGUGGUGCCCGCGGUCUCGGCAACCACAUGGCCCGCGCCUGCGCCGAGGCCGGCGCCAAGAACAUUGUCAUCUUUGACGCCAACCAGGAGCUGGGUGACGAGGCUGCCGCCGAGCUCCACGAGAAGUCGGGCAUCCCCGUGUCCUUCUUCAAGGUGGAUGUGCGUGAUGGUGCCGCGAUCAAUGCCGCUGUUGACUCUGUUGUCGAGAUCUAUGGUGCUCCCGACGUUCUCGUCAACUCGGCCGGUAUCGCCGACUCCAACAUCAAGGCUGAGACUUACGACCCGGCCAUGUUCCGCCGUCUCAUCGACAUCAACCUUACCGGUACCUUCCUCAUGUCCCAGGCUGUCGGCCGCGCCAUGAUGGCUGCCGGCAAGCCGGGCUCCAUUGUCCUGGUCGCCUCCAUGUCUGGCUCCAUUGUCAACUACCCCCAGGAGCAGUCCUGCUACAACGCUUCCAAGGCUGGUGUUAUCCAGUUCAGCAAAUCCCUCGCCGCCGAGUGGGCCAAGUACAACAUUCGUGUCAACACCAUCUCUCCCGGUUACAUGGACACCGCUCUGAACCGCGUCCCCGCCCUCGAGGCUCAGAAGAAGAUCUGGCGCGGCCUGACCCCUCAGAACCGUCUAGGCAACGUCGACGAGCUCAACGGUCUCUGCGUCUUCCUGGCUUCUGACUCUUCUAGCUUCAUGACUGGUGCCGAUUGCCUCAUUGACGGUGGUUAUUCACUCUGGUGA